CCAACGAUACAUUGGUGAUCAGUGGAUUGAAGUACAAUGACACUGCUUACCAAUUUGCAUCAUAUAUUAUUACAGAAAUUGUCACAGGUAGUUCAAGCUCCCAAGUUAGAAGUGACCUCAAACCAGUUGUCCGAAUUACAGUCAAUGGAGUACCAGAAUUCCUUACAUCAACUCCAGCUACAAUUGAAGUGAAUGAAAAUUCAAAUUUAGAAAUGGCGAUUGAAAUGGAUGGAAACCCUGCACCAUCAGCUGAUUUUCUUUGGCCUCAUCGUGGUGAUGGUGGGACAACUGUUGCCAGUAUCCAAAUCUACCCAUAUGUUUAUGCAGCAAAGUUUACACAUCCAAAUACAGCUGCUACUUUUUGUGGAAGGAUAUUGAAGUCUUCAGUGAAGAACAGUAUUGGGUCAUCACUUGCCAAAGACACCAAUGUCACUGUUUUGUUGAAACUUGAAAGCAAUCCGAAUUUGCAAGCAAGAAAGAUAAUCUUAGACAGUUGUGUCGAAGUGAAAUGGACGAAGGCCGAAUCUGGAGCUUGUUACGUGAAAUACGAAGUUAAAUUGAAAAAUGCUUCAGGGACUGUUGUUCAUACUGAAACUGGAUAUAACAUCGAUGAAAUAAAGAAAUGCAAGAUUCCAGGAAAUAUGAAUAUCACUGACGUUGAAAUGGCGAUGAGUUUCAAAAGUACUUCAAAGGUUUUCACUGCCAAAGUCUCAGAAACAUCCAUCUCAACAACACUACCGCCGACCACUACAUCAAAAACUUCAAAAACACCGGUACCAAGCUCAGAUGAACCAACAACAAGAACAAGCACGACGCAUAAAUCAACAUCAAAGGAAAAAACAAGUGUUCAGCCAACAGCAUGUAAAGAAAAACAAGUGAACAACGAUGAAGAUAAAAACAUAAUCAUAGCGCUUUCAGUAGUAGUUGCAGUCUUACUUAUUGCCUUGGCAACAAUGACGAUCUGUCUCGUUAGAAGAACGGCAAAAUCGACACAAGCUCAAGACAAUGGAAGUAAAAGGGAUGCACAGCCAAAGGAGACACAUUACAUGGAUCUUCAGGGACAAAUUGCAACCACAGAUUCAACUUACGCAGGAUUGCAAUCACCAUACGAAGAGAUUCACGAUGCUGCGCGGAAUUAUGAAAAUACAAAGCAUCUUUGAAGCGUUUUAUGAGUUCAAACAGCACUUAUUUUUAUUAUAAGAAGUACAUAAUCUUCGCGACCUUUCAAAAGUAGAAAAUUUCUGUUCUGUUUUUCAUAAUCUUUCUGAUAAUUAUAGACUUAUUGGAAAAGACAAAAGGAGACGAAGUUUCUUGAAUGACAUUUUUUGCUGAUCUUUAACAAAGAUAAAAUAGCACUUAUCUUGGUCAACUACA